GUAACAUUGGCUAAGGUGAUUGUUCUUAGCAUAGCAAGGCAUACAUAAUACUGGUCUGGGAUUCAUCUUCCAGAAUCUAAUUUAGACUGGAGUCAUAAACUUUUUGGCAAUAAGAUCUAUUGAACAUAGUCAAGUUUCUGAAUAAAGCCUAAAAUACACAUCUGAUUAUGCGGUUCAUUCAGUAUUCUGUUUUAAUAAUGGUCAGUCAAAUGUUUCUAGGAAUUUCUACUCUAGGUAGGAAUAGUUCUUUCAUUCAUUCAAACUGUUGAUGUCUCCAUAACUGUACACAUGUUUAUGUUAAAUAUACAGUAAUACAAAUACCUGGAAAUCUAAUAUAAUCCUCUUUCUUGAGAACUGAAAGAAGCCUGCAGAAAAGCCAUGGCAGCAAAAUUAAAUGUUGCUGUGAAAAAAGGUGACCUUCAGCUUGCUCAGCAGCUGUUGGAAGAAGGAGCAAAUAUUAACGCAAAGGUGGAAAAUGGCUGGACACCUCUCCAUAGUGCUGUACAGAGAAAUUCUGAAAAUAUCGUUAACUUUCUGCUGGAAAAGGGGGCUGAUCCAUUAGCUAGGAAGGAUAAUGGUGCUACACCUUUUAUUUUAGCAGGAGUGACAGGUAAUGUGAACCUUUUGAAACUUUUUCUUGAUAAAGGCUCGUAUAUUAAUGAGCAUGAUAUCAAUGGCUUCACCGCAUUCAUGGAGGCUGCUUGUUAUGGGCGAGAGGAGGCCCUGAGAUUUUUACAUAAGAAUGGGGCCGAUGUAAAUCAGCGCCGUGAAGUUGAUGAGAAUAAAAAGGCUGUGAAAAAAGGAGGCGCGACAGCUCUGAUGGAUGCUGCCAGUCAUGGCCAUUUUGCUCUGGUCAAAAUCUUGGUUGAGGAAAUGGGUGCUGAUGUAAAUAUCUGUGACAAUCAAGAUGCAAAUGCAUUGAUUCAUGCUCUAUUUGAGGACAAAGACUGGAAAAAAGGCAGAGAAGACUCGGCCCUUUUCCUUUUGAAAAACAACAUUGAUGCCAAUAAGAGGGAUGUAAAUGGGAAAACUGUGCUCAUAUUGGCUGUUGAAAGAGAAAGCCUGGACCUUGUGAAGGCCAUAUUAGAAUUAGAUGAAGUUGAUCUUGACGAUGCUGAUGAAAAUAACGAAACAGCAUUGCAUGUAGCUGUGAAGAAGCAAAACAAGGUAAUAGCAACGCUUCUAUGUGAAAAAGGAGUACGAGUAGAUGAUGAUGUCCUGGAUAUUGCCCGUAGAACUUACCAAAGCAAUAUGAUAGAACUUCUUCAGGAAUAUGAAUCACCAGAUAGUCCAAGGCAGCCAGAAAUGUGUAAGGAAUUCUCGAGCAUUCGCUGGAGAUCAAAACUCCAGAAACUCAAUCGAAUGCAUCGUCCUAUGAUUGGCAAGCUCAAGAUCUUUCAAUAUCAAGAUUUAUGGAUCCAGAACACCACCCAAGGAGGGGUCUACCUGGGAUUCUAUGAUGGAGUAGAGGUAGCUGUGAAGGUAUUCUGCAAGGGUGCAGAAAAUGCCAAGCGAGAAAAAGUGUGCCUUGAGAAAUGCCAAACCAGCAAAUACCUGGUAAAGUUUUGUGGUCAGGAAGUCCGGAAGACCUGUCUCUACCUGUGCCUCUCCUUGUGCGAAAAGAAUCUUCAAGAGUACUUCAAGGAAGAAAACAGCACAACUAUGGAAAGCAAAAAGAUUCUUAAAGAAAUAUUUCAGGCUGUAAAGGAACUUCAUGCCUUUGGAUUUGGCCAUCAGGAACUGCACCCAAGUAACAUUUUGAUAGAUGUCACUGGCAAGAUUUUUCUAGCAGACUUUGAUAAGAGCAGAGAAAUAACUGAUGAUACAAAAUAUUCUGUAAUCUCGAAAGACCUACAGGAUCUCCAAAAACUUAUGCUGUAUGUUGUGAUGAGAGGCCAGAAGGACUUUGAAGAUUUGCCUACAGAAUGCCCAGAAAAUGUAAAAGAACAUAAGGAAAUUCAAGACCUCCAAAAAAACCUGGAACUCUCUGACCAAAGUACCCCAGCUGAUAGUCUACUGGAAAUGCUGAUCUGUCAUCCAUAUUUCUGGUCCAAGGAGACAAAGUACAGGGUCUUAAGAGAUAUCGGGAAUGAGAUACGUGUGGCUCAUGCAAGCAAGAAAAGUGACAGCCUGAAUGCUUUGAAACAUAAGAGUGAUCCUUUCAUGGACUGGAAAACAAAGAUUGAUGAAAAAGUACUGGAAUCUAUGGAGUUUCCGUCCAGAGAGAAAGGAAACAAGAAGGGCAACAAGAAGGACAAAAGAUGCUAUCAGCCGGGGGUGAUAGAUUUAUUAAAGUUGAUUAGGAAUAUGGGUGAACACUACGAUGAAAAGGACGAUGAGGUGAAAAAAAUAGUUCGGGAUCCUGCAGACUAUUUUCUGAACCUCUUUCCGGAUUUAACCGUUUAUAUCUAUCAGUGUUGCUGUAACUCAGAUUUUAAGAAGUAUUUUCCAAAUGCUAAGAAUUCUUCACACCCAUAACAUGGGUCAACGGGCACUGAUUGUUUAAUGACAUAAUUGAAUGUGACCUACAUACUUUCUAACUAAAACCAAUCAAUAGUUUUAUCAGCAGUUAAUACUGUAUGUCAUCCUGGAAAAUGAGCUCCUCUUCUUUAGACCUUCCCUUGCUCACAGACAAUCUAGUCAAACUACAACAGCAAGUUAAUGUACCCCCAGAGAAACCAAAUAAUGCAGAAUACAGUUGUCAAAUUUACAAUCAUGUCUAGUCUGACAACACCACUCUUAAGUUCCCAAAGCAUUGGGCAAAGCAUGGUGGAGUUUCAUAACUGCUUCCUCUCCAACCUAAUAUGUUGUAUUUGUUAAUGAUCCUUCAGAUAUAGGAGUUUAUUUGUCAAAGUCAGUUUCUAUCCAAAAAAAGUCCCUUUUUAGUGAGUGGAGAAUCUCUGCUUUCAAGCAAGUUUAUUGUAAUGCCAUGGGGACAGAAUACAAGGUUCUUGACAAGGUUGAAGUAGCAACUUACAUAGUAAUGCCACACAUUUGGUCAGUUAAUAAUAUCCUGUAGCCACAACACCCCUUUCUUGAAACCCAGAGUCCCCUCCAAUAGCAUCAAAUGCAGUAACAGCAGCCAGAAUUUUCACAACUAUCCUUGAGGUUUCACUUCUGCUUUGUUGAGCUGCAUAAGCUAUUCCUAUAGUUCUGCUUCUCUGCAAACAUAUCAGUAAGCUGAAACCAUUUUACUAGGCUAAGCUACUUGUUCAGUCAGAUUUUAAGUGCACACGGGCUUAAAGAUUAUAAAAAGGCACUUGGGAAUUAAUAUUUUUGCCACUGAAGUUCUGUGCGCGCUCUGCAGGCUGCAAAAUAAAUGAACGUGAGGCAAGUGACCAUGGGUUAUCCUACCUAAGAGUGCACGAUGAGUGAAUCCAAUCACUCACUGUAAUGAUAUGUGGAAAUGACUUUGGGGGACAGGAGGAAAAGUCUUAGACUGGACAACUGGCAUGUAAAAGAGAUCUCAGCCCACAGAAGGAUGGAAGCAUGGGAAAUGUUUCCCUAGUAUUCUGGUGUGUAAAAAAAAAGGAGGGGAGAAAUUGCAGAAUAAGUAAGUUUAUGGCAAAGUUAAAAUACGUUUGCAAUAAAGAUAGAUGUAAUAUCCUUGGUUGUGCUCCCUGGCUGGGCUACUAUCAGCAACUAAUACUGAACAUACAAGAAGGUCCAUAUUACAUUCAACGCUGACAGCAGAGAUUCCCAAUUGUUCUUGGUCUUCAGUGCCUUCAUUUCAAUAAUUUUUUUCACAGUGAUCCUAGGCUCGUAGUUUGUGUGGUGUCUGACAGUUGUCAAGUAUCACUGUGGUGUCCUGUGGUGUCCCUGUGAGUUCACUGCAGCACCCUGGGAUACCGCAGAACAGAGUUUGGGAAUUGUGAAGCUAUAUUAUAAAUGGCCACGGUAAUAAUUAUUACUCUCUGCACCUAGCACAUUAAAUUUUACUUUGAUUGUAUUGCUUUACAUAUAAUGCCUACAUCUCUAUGGGUCUGCAUUUAUUCCUAAUUGGUGAUGUCAUGCCAUAUAAGUGGAAUGAUAAACUGAAAUUCAUGAAAAUCUAUGCUUCAAUAAACCUGGUAUGUAAAGUGCCUCAAAACUGUA